CAAAUUCACAGAAACAUCCGAAUGUCGAUUUUGAGUUUCAUCAAGAUCAAAUGUGUUUCGCUCUCGAGAAAGUUGUCAAGAAAACCAACCCAGUUGAGCAUCAACAAGGAAAGGCAAAACUCGAACAUGUCAUCAAGGACUUACCAGCCAAACAUGGAAGAAAUGAAGUGUGUGUUCAACAAGUUUGACACCAACAAAGAUGGCAAAAUCUCCAAGGAAGAGUACAAAUCAGCUUUGAAAGUGAUGGGAAAAGGAGUUGCAGAAAGAGAAAUGGGGAAAGCAUUUUCUGCCAUCGACGCCGAUGGGGACGGCUUCAUCGACUACAAGGAAUUCACUGAGAUGAUGCAUAACAUGGGAGAAGGGAUCAAUGGCAACGACAUCCAAAGCGCAUUUCGGGUGUAUGAUUUGGACGGCGAUGGUAAAAUAAGCGCCGAAGAAUUAAUGGCGGUGAUGAAGAAGAUGGGAGAAAGAUGUAGCUUGGAAGCUUGUCGUAAAAUGAUUCGAGGGCUGGAUGUUGACGGGGAUGGUUUAAUCGACAUGAAUGAGUUCAUGACCAUGAUGACUCGCACCAUGAAGCCAUCUUGACCUCAGCAAUUGAUCUGGUGUUAUUUUAAGUACGUUUUCUUCCUUCCCCCUAGAUUUGUAAUAAACACUUGCGGUUUUCAGAAUAAAAAGGAGCAUAAAACAAAUAGCAUAAAA